AUGGUGGACUCCUGCCACCGGCGGACCCUGCACGGAGGAGUGCAGCUCACCCUCGGGUUGCUUCGUCAACGAGUCUGGAUCCCACGUGGUCGAGCAGUCGUCAAGCGGGCGAUCCACCGAUGCGUCACCUGCACGCGGUGGAGAGCCGCCGCACCGCAACCACUCAUGGGCAAUCUGCCCCGGGAACGAGUGACUCCUGCACGCCCGUUCCUGCGCACCGGAGUCGACUACGCCGGCCCUAUCCUCAUUCGGGCCAGUAAGGGACGAGGCCACAAGGCAUCCAAGGGCUUCAUCGCAGUUUUCGUCUGCCUCAGCACCAAGGCGGUCCAUCUGGAGGCAGUCACGGACUACACGGCCGAGGCGUUCCUGGCUGCCUUCCGCCGCUUCGUUUCCCGGCGAGGCCUCUGCAGCGACGUCUUCUCCGACUGCGGCACGAACUUCGUCGGAGCUGACCGUGAGCUGCGGGAGCUGUUCCGCGCUUCCUCUUCCGACGGCCGUCGGAUAAUUCACGCAACAGUUUCCGACGGCGUGAGAUGGAGGUUCAACCCCCCCGCAGCACCACACUUCGGCGGACUAUGGGAGGCCGCCGUCAAAUCCACCAAACACCACCUCCGAAGGGUCAUCGGCGAAGCCACCCUCACUUACGAGGAAAUGGCGACUCUCCUCACUCAGAUGGAGGCGUGCCUAAAUUCGCGUCCGUUGCAGCCGCUGACGGACGAUCCCGACGAUCUGGCGGCGCUAACACCAGGGCACUUCAUCAUCGGCGCCCCCCUCGUGGCCGUUCCGGAGCCGUCACUCACGUCCGAGAAGGACACCGCUCUAUCUCGGUGA